AUGGCCGAGGAUCGUCACUGCGCGACUCUGUCGGAUUUUCGACACCCCGCGUCCGAUCAAAUGGACCCAGAAGUUCUUCGACAUAUAAAAGCUAAAGAAGAGAAGUUGAAGAAAGUUUUGAGUCCAUUUGAACCGGUAAUAAUGUAUAUGCAGGGAGUUCUUGUAUGGGAAAAGCCGGGACACAGUGUCAUCAUGUUACUGUGUGUCAACGGUGUAUUUUGGUUGGUUACAACAACAAAUUAUCGCGUGGUGUUCAUGCUAGCGGUGACAGGAAUUGUUGUUAUUUGUAUUGAGACCUGGAAAAAUCGAGUGUGGCCCGAAAUAACAGUUGAAAAACACGAAAAAGAAGAAGGAUGGACACCUUUACAUCCUAGGCUUUUGAGCGUGCCUGAAUUAUGUCAUCAUUUGGCAGAGACAUGGGUUUUCUUUACUACAUUCUGUUCAUCAGUUUGGCAGAUGAGAAAGGACCAACCUGGCAAGUUUUGUAUGUGGGUGUGUUGUGUGUGUUCUGUACUGGCAUUUGUUGGUCACUACAUCCCAGGUGUUAUGCUGUCAUAUAUUAUAAUGUUAAGUCUACUGCUGUGGCCAGUGGUGGAGUAUCAUAAUGUAAACCAACACAUUUACAAUAAGCUGGAACCUGUGUGGAUGCAGUUAGAGUACAGUAUGAUGAGAAACAGGAGAAAAAGAUACAGCCAUAAACAUGGCCAUACUGAUAAUGAGAUGAGUUUCACCGCAGGGCUUGUUGCAAUGCCGCCACAUGACGAGUCGGACAUGCAAGAAAGUCAAGACGACCUUGACCUCGAUAGCCGAACAUCUAUAAGUGUAUCUCAAGAGAAAGUUGUAUUUAAACCCAAAUCGACAUCACUCCAUCAUGAUCGGCCGGCGGAAUCAACCAGUGAUAUGAAUUUUGUCUCUUCUCAUUUUGACGAUUCUGAUCAUGAAGUUGAAAAGAGCCUUUCCCAUGGGUUAGACUUCCCCGAUAUUGAAGAAGUAAAUCAAGAUCCUGAAUUAAGUACGGCAGCAUCGUCUAAUCUUGGUGCAAAGACAACUGACUUUGUUUCACAGACUGUUUCAGCAGUCAUGCAGGGAACAUAUACAGCUCUACGUCAUCCUCGGGAGACUUUCUUCAACACCACUGCUGGUGGUAAAACAGAAACAUCAAAGACAACUUCUGACAUUGAUGCUGAUUUGGCAGGAUUUGAAAUCAUGGAUCAGACCGAACUUGAAAGUUACGAUGAACACAAGCUUGACCAAACAGAACCCAAACCAAGCACAAGUAGAAGUUACUUUGAUUGGCUUCGAAAAUCAUGA